AUGAAGCACGCAAGCCAAUUGGUCCCGUGGGCUUUCGCCUGCGCCCUCGCCGUCGUCAACUGCAGCUCACUGCUUCAGCGCCUGCAGUCUGAAUUAUCACCGCGGCUGUCGGGAAGCGGUCUCCUCUCUGAGACGGCGCCGGCACGAUGGAGCGAGUUUGACGCGCCGAACCCGGGCGUCGUGGUCAACGUCGCGACCGAAUCGGACGUUGCGGCUACGGUCAGAUACUGCACAGCACAUGACAUCCCAUUCCUCGCCCACAACGGCGGCAACGGAUGGGCGACGACCUUCCACCUCGACAAGGACGGCGUGAUGAUAAACCUGGCCGCGCUGAACCACGUCACGUUCAACGCCGACAAGAGCCAGGCCACCAUCGGCGGCGGGUCCAACAUCAGCAACGCCAUCGACCACGCCUACGCCGCCGGCACCCUGGUGCAGACGGGCAACUGCAACUGCGUCGGCGUGCUCGGCGCCAUCCUCGGCGGCGGCUACGGCAACCUGAUGGGCACGUACGGCUUCGGCGUCGACAACGUCCUCUCCCUCCGCGUCGUCACCGCCGACGGCCGGCUCCGCGACGUCACCGCCGCCUCUGACCCAGAUCUCUUCUGGGGCCUGCGAGGCGCGGGACCCAACUUCGGAAUCGUCACUGCCGCCACUGUCAAGUCGUAUCCUGCCGCAGCGGCUGAGGACAUGCAGGCCUGGACGGGCAACCUGGUCUACACCUCGGACCAGCUGGAAGACGUCGUCCAGGCGAUCCAGGACCUCGUCCUGACACCGGACAUGGUGAUAUUCCUCUACUUCCUCGCCGACGCCACCACCGGCGUCCCUGCCGUGAUCGCGGCCCCAUUCCUGUACAAGGGCGACGCGGCAGCGGGCCGAGCCGCGUUCGCCGGCCUCUACGCCGUCGGCCCCGUCGCCGACACCACGGCCAUCGUGCCGUACGACCAGUGGAACGUCGCCUCGGACGCGCUGUGCACGCGCGGGUCCUUCAAGCCCGGAUGGGCCGCCGGGUUCCAGGACAUGGUGCCGGCGACGUGGCGCGCCGUGUGGGACGCCUACGUGGCCUUCCAGCGCCUGCCCGGGGCCGCGAGCAGCGGCGUCCUGCUCGAGGCGUACGACCUGACCAAGGCGCGGUCGGUGCCCGCCGGCUCGGCCGCGUUCCCCAACCGCAAUGUCAGGUUCAACGCCUUUGCCAUCCCUUGGUACAACGACUCGUCGCUGGACGCGCGGGCCGCGGCGUUUGGGGGCGCGGCGCGCGAUCUGCUGAGGGCCACGAGUGGCUUGCCUCGCAACCAGACGUAUGUCAACUUCGCCCAUGGGGACGAGCCGCUUACCGAGGUAUACGGCGAUGGCGUGCCUAGACUGCAGGCGAUCAAGGAGCGAUACGAUCCGGGGAAUGUGUUCGACGAAUGGUUUGAUAUACGUCCAGGUGGUACAUCUAAUACAUCCAAGGCUUCGUAUUACUACUAG